CUCGAUUACCAAAGGAUCCCUUUUGAAUAAUUGGGCUGCAAGUUCAAGAACCAAACAAAAACCCAAAAAACCUAACCAUGGUCGAAUGGACAGAUGUCGAGCGCAAAGCCGUUCUCUCCCUCUGGAAAAAGAUCGACAUUAAGGAAAUUGGCCCCCUCGCAAUGCGCAGGCUUCUGAUCGUCUGCCCAUGGACCCAGCGGCAUUUCGCCAACUUUGGAAACCUGUCCAGUGCCACUGCGAUCAUGAAUAAUGAAAAGGUGGCCGAGCACGGCACGACCGUCAUGGGUGGUCUGAACAGAGCCAUAGAAAACAUGGAUAACAUCAAGGCUGCCUACCGCGAUCUCAGCAAAAUGCACUCCGAGAAACUCCACGUGGAUCCCGAUAACUUCAGGCUUCUCUCUGAAUGCAUUACUCUGUGCAUGGCCGCUAAGUUCGGUCCCACUGAGUUCACCGCUCAAAUGCAGGAGGCGUGGCAAAAGUUCCUGAUGGCUGUCACAUCCGCCUUGGGCAGGCAGUACCACUGAAUUCCACUCUCCACUGGUACCCAAGAAACGCUUCACUUGGCUGAAAAAAAAACAAUAAAUAAAAAGUAACCAGUAAAAGCAA